CAUAACUAGCAGACGACCAAGUCUAGCAGACGGCGCAUAGCUAGCGUCGUUCGCGGGCGCUCGAGACUGUGUUUUAAAUCGAACAUCGUCGAACGCCGAAAGACACGUUUCUCGUGAACAAAAGCCGCUGGUGUUUCGAAAAUUGUGUAAAAUCUAAUCAAAAUGGAUCCUGAAGCAUUCCUGGACAUGGCCAAUCAGGUCAUUAAAUUGAAAAUGUUCCCGUACUUCGACAUCGCGCACUGUGUUCUCUGUGCACUACACGUCAGAGAAGAUUUAGGACCCGGUGCUCAAGCAUUUUCUCGGAAACAUCCCCUGUCAUGUUGGCUUUCAACGAUGUUGGUAGUAUUUGCUAGCGGUAUGCUAUGCAAUGGUCUUUUAGGGGAACCGAUCCUUGCGCCUCUGAAAAAUACACCACAAGUGAUAGUUGCAACCAUCGUUUGGUAUGUGAUAUUUUAUACACCGUUUGAUAUUGGAUACAAGGUAGCCAAAUUUCUACCGGUAAAACUUGUAUGCGCUACUCUGAAAGAAAUAUAUAGGUGUAAAAAAGUGUACGAUGGGGUAACUCAUGCAGGAAAACUGUAUCCGAAUGCAUAUCUUAUAAUGAUUUUAAUUGGAACACUCAAGGGAAACGGUGCAGGCUUUACAAAAUUGUUCGAGCGUCUUAUACGAGGGGUAUGGACUCCAACAGCUAUGGAACUUAUGCAACCCAGCUUCCCUACAAAAGCAUCGAUGGUUGCAUCUAUCAUCUUCGUCCUGGAUAAAAAGACUGAUCUCAUUUCGGCACCUCAUGCAUUGGUUUACUUUGGUAUUGUUAUCUUCUUUGUGUACUUCAAGCUAUCGUCCAUUUUGCUAGGUAUUCACGAUCCGUUUGUACCUUUCGAAAAUCUCUGUUGCGCAUUAUUCCUCGGAGGAAUUUGGGAUUCGUUAGCCAAAUUGCUGGGCCGCGGCCAAGCUAAAGACGAGAAAGCAGAUGCCAAGAAGAAGGACUAAAAUGUACGCAAAGCCAUCUAAGAAAUUGAUUUUAAUAUUAGCAACGAUUUGCUAUUGGAAGCAAUGAAUGGAUUCAAUUUAAACUAGUCGUACGAUACUCGCAUGUUAAAGUGUGACCAUCGACAAAUCAUUAAAUAUCAGAAGUACAAUAAUUUAUUACUAUACAUAUUUUAAUAACGACGAGCGAUAUGCGUAUAGGGGAGUGUGAUUUCAAUCACUAUAGGGGUGUUCCGUAAUUUGAUUUGAUAAACGUAUAAAGACUACUCGUACCAAGUUUUAACAAAAUUAGACGAAUAACGAAAAUAUUUGAAUUUUAAUCUACGCAAUACAUAAUAUCAACUGGAUUAUAAUGGAUUGGACUGUAAACAAGGGAACUGCAGAUGCGAUCUAUUUUAUAGAUCCGUAUCCGAUACGGACUCGGGAGUCGUGUGAAAAACAUAGGGUCCGUAUGAGAUAUGGGUUAGGUCGUCGAGGGGUUAAUCAACUGGGCGAAUCAACAGUAUUAUAGCUGUUAACAAUACCUUGGUGACGUAACUAAGGAUGUAAUUUAAGCACACGCUCGCCGCAAAUAAUCCAAUUUUGUUUUUUAACGAACGUAUCUUUAAUGUCAUUUUCAGUGACAACAAUUAAUUUAUAAAUGCGUUAUUUUUCAUAAAUAUUAUAUUUAACGCGAGUAUGAUACUAGAUUCUCGUGUUAGGGGAAAUAUCUUUUACACGCUACCGUCCAUAAGUCUUGGAAAAUGCAAAUUAAGGUACAAGUACAAUUUUCCGAAGCGACCUUAUUAUCUUGCUUUAUUACAUUUAUUCAUUUUAAAUUGCAACUUUAUUUAACAUUUUAUAAAACGUGUAUAAAAUCAGAAUAAAUAUGCAACGAGUAAAAAUUAUACGUAUAACGAACAAAUAAUUGUCAGUUUCAUUUUAUAAUUUAUGACCAUUAUUUUAUUUCAUAAUUGUUAACUCGUGUAAUGUAUUAUGACUUAUGGACGAGAGUGCAAGUACCUCUCCAUGUUCUAGCGACCGAAUUUAAAAGUUGUUGAUACGACAGUUUAUAGAGGGAAAUGAAAAUUCUCUUAUAAUAUAAGUGCAUGUUAGAACUUAUUAAGGCCAGUUAAAAAUAUCCUAAUACUGGCAUACAGCUAGCAACGACAAAUAAUCGUCGAAUUUAUCGUGUGGUAUUUACUACAAAGAGAUGAAUAAACAUACUCAGGUUGACGAAGUUGAACGUUACAUAAUUUCGAUACAUAUUUCAGUGAUAAGAUUCCGAUAAUAAAAUACGUAAAUCAAAAUCGCCCGCGUAAGGUAUUAUUAUAAAAUAUGUAAAAAAAAAAAUAAGUAAACAACGAGGAGACGUAGACCUCUUUUAUACUAUUUUAUUACAAUUAGAUGCCAAUGUUUGGUACUUACCACACGUACUUGCAUGUAUCAAGUGUUUGCCUUCGACUCAACAAUGUGAACAUAAUUUACCACGAAAAUUAAAUUUGUUCAAUUUUCAUAUAAUGUUCCAUUUGUCAGAACGUUGUACAUUUUCAGGUAAUAAAACGAAGUUUGUUCUUCUACGUUCUUGGCCUAUUUUACCAUCUCCUUAAUUUAUGUAACUGAAAAUGAAAACCGGUAUUGUUUAACCCCUUCCCGUACUUUAACGAGUCUGAC